AUGCUUUCUAGGUCUACUAUCUCUUCUGUAAGACAAUUGUCGUCUACAUCAGCACUUUUGAACAAACCUACCAAACCAAAAAGCAAGUCCCCAAAAAAGAAACUACAAAAAGAGGUGACGUAUGGUCCACUUUCAGAUGCUCAAAAGGCAUAUUUGGAUAGAGUUAUCAGAGUUGACCAGGCUGGUGAAUUGGGUGCCAAUUAUAUUUACAUGGGACAAUACACCGUAUUGGCUUCUAAAUACCCCCAUUUGAAACCGGUAUUACACCACAUGUGGGAACAAGAAAUCCACCACCAUAAUACUUUUAAUGAAUUGCAAACCAAACGUCGUGUUAGGCCCAGUUUGUUGACUCCAUUAUGGAAGUUGGGUGCUAUUGGAAUGGGUAUGGGUACAGCAUUGAUUGGGAAAGAAGCAGCUAUGGCAUGCACGGUUGCUGUAGAAACUGUUAUUGGAGGUCAUUAUAACCAACAAUUAAGAGUAUUGCUGAAUCAAUAUGGUGUACCUAUAUAUGACAAAAAAUCAGGGGUUUUACUUAACCCUGAUGAAGUUGAGAAACCAGCACAGACUUCUGAAGAAUUGACGGAGUUGAAGAAUCAAAUAAGUGAAUUCAGAGAUGAUGAAUUAGAACAUUUGAACACAGCACUUGAUCAUGAUGCUGAAAAGGCUGUUCCUUAUAUGCUAAUAACAGAAGGAAUAAAAUUGAUUUGUCGUGGUGCAAUCUGGACUGCUGAGAGGAUUUAA